AUGGGGGGUAGAGUCGGUAAUAAGGAAGAUAGGAGCUCUCCUCAUCGUCGAUUUACUUUCCUCCGCUUCUCUCUCUCGCUCUCCUCCUUCAGCAGAUCUGAGUUUGGACUAGAAGAAAACUUCGUUACCAGGUGUUUUUGGCCACACCGAGGAAACAUGCCUCCCCAGAAGAUUGAAACUGGUCAUAGUGACAUUGUCCAUGACGUGGUCAUGGAUUACUACGGAAAGCGAGUAGCGACCGCCUCAUCUGACUGCACCAUUAAGAUAACCGGCGUAAGCAACAGUGCCGGAUCUCAGCAGCUCGCUACCUUAACGGGUCACCGGGGUCCUGUCUGGCAAGUAGCUUGGGCACACCCAAAGUUUGGCUCGCUCCUUGCUUCAUGUUCCUACGAUGGGCAAAUCAUUCUAUGGAAAGAAGGUAACCAGAACGAGUGGACACAGGCUCACGUCUUCACAGACCACAAAGUAUCAGUCAACUCUAUCGCUUGGGCUCCUCAUGAGCUCGGACUCUCCUUGGCUUGUGGAGCAUCCGAUGGAAACAUAUCUGUUUUCUCAGCUAGAGCCGACGGCGGUUGGGACACGACAAAGAUAGACCAAGCACACCCGGUUGGAGUCACUUCAGUCUCGUGGGCACCAGCCACAGAACCAGGCGCACUGGUUAGCUCCGGUAUGAAAGAACCGGUUUACAAAUUAGCAUCGGGCGGGUGUGAUAGCACGGUGAAGGUGUGGAAAUUCGCCAACGGGUCGUGGAAAAUGGACUGUUUCCCGGCUCUGCACAAGCACACGGACUGGGUCCGUGACGUGGCUUGGGCACCCAACUUGGGUCUCCCCAAGUCAACCAUAGCGAGUGGCUCAGAAGAUGGGAAUGUGAUCAUAUGGACGGUAGGGAAAGAAGGUGAGCAAUGGGAAGGAAAGGUUUUGAAAGAUUUCAAGACACCCGUGUGGCGUGUCUCGUGGUCCUUGACCGGUAACCUUCUCGCUGUUUCCGAUGGCAACAAUAACGUUACGGUCUGGAAAGAGGCCGUUGAUGGAGACUGGGAACAAAAUUCACCAACUGAUUUACUCAAUUUUAAACACCGAAUCACAUCAUUCACCAAGGGUGGAAAACUUUUUUUAGGUCACUCUAGCCAAAGCUUUGAGAGAUCCAAAUCUCAAAAAAAAAGUUCGCUCUCUCUGAUUUUCGCCGGAGAAAAAAUGUCUUCGAUUGUUUCAGAAGAUGUAGAUUAUCUGGGUCUGCAAUCUUAUAGCCGCAAGGAGAAAUCUCUAGGGCUUUUAGUCUCCAAUUUCUUGAGACUGUACAACCGAGACGAUGUUGAUUUGAUUGGGCUCGAUGACGCCGCUGGGAAAUUAGGCGUUGAACGCCGGCGUAUAUAUGAUGUGGUCAAUAUACUCGAGAGCAUUGGGGUUGUGGCGAGAAAAGGAAAAAAUAAAUACUCGUGGAAAGGUUUUGGAGAGGUUCCUCGGUCUCUAGAUGAACUUAAGGAAGAAGGAAUGCGAGAGAGGUCUGGUAUCUCAAUCAUCAGCAGCUCAGAGAAGGUUUCAAGUGAUGAUGACAGAGAAGAAUCUUUCAGUCUAACACCUGAUGAUCAAGAAAACUCAUCACUCUCUAAAACCGACCACAAGAAGGAGAAAACUCUUUGGCUUCUCUCACAGAACUUUGUGAAGAUGUUUCUUUGUUCUGGUGAUGAUCUCAUCACACUGGAUAGUGCUGCAAAAGCCUUGCUGAGCGACUCUCAAGAACCAAUUCAUAUGAGAACUAAAGUUAGGCGACUGUACGACAUUGCAAAUGUGUUUUCCUCCAUGGAUUUAAUCGAGAAGACGCAUAUGCCAGGGACUAGGAAACCAGCAUAUAAGUGGUUGGGGUGCAAAAGCAUAACUGAAAAAGGGUCAAGCUUCUUCAAUUCCAGCGAACCGAAGAAGCGGGUGUUUGGAAGAGAGAUCACAAACUUAAGAACAAAGAGAAACAAAACAGAUGGUUCAUCAUACCACAAGCAAAUUGGAUAUGACCAGGAAGACACUGAGCAGGAAACGAAGCCAGCUGCAAAGAGCUACGUGUUUGGCCCAUUCUCACCAAUAGGUGCAUCUAAGAAGAACAACAAUGUCGGAACCAACAGUAACCGAACCUUACGAGAUCUCGAGGCCCUUGCUUCUACCUACAAACCACAGUAUUGUAAUCACGAAAUAACUGGUCUGAUUGGGCAUUACGCGGAGGCACGGAAGUUAUGGUAUGCAAAGCUUGAUCGGAAAUGAAUAUGACACGACGAGAGCACAUAACUCAUAGAACAUAGCUUUAGCCUUUUUGCCUAAAUCAAGAAUCAAAGUAGUAUUGUUGUUAUUGCUAAUAAAGUCACAACCCAACAAAAUCCAUGUAUUUUUGCCCAGUGACCGGUCUAGUGGACUCGUUCGUUUCAUCUUGGUCCAACUCCUUUUCUCUCCGUAACUUCAUUUUAACGUUUUAUCCCACAUUUCAUAUUUGGUAACAAAAGUCCAUAUAUAUUGACAAUGUGAAAGAUUUGGAAUUGGAGGAAUAUGUUAUUGUUCUCGUA